CUUAACCCGUGGAAACAAGCACCUGUCAUGGUAUUGUUGUUUCUAGGCAUCUGCUAAUGAAACUUGAUGCACGUGAUAGAAGUACCAAAAAAUAAGGAUUCAGGAAAACUUUGUUUUGUUAAUGCAAUUUAUUAGUGUAAGGCCUUUCUUUCUCGAAGGCUCUCUUCCUCUUCCGGUGAAAAUACCAAGAUGGCCGGCCACACAGCAGGCGAUCCUCUCGAGUGCCUGAGUAUCCCCAUUGUCCUGGAGAAGGAAGCGGAGUUGGACCAGCAGGGAAAUCCCGUCUUAGACCCAGAUGGUAAACCCAGGUAUCGUUGUGGCUUCCGCAUCGGAGGCGGGAUCGACCAGGACCACCAUCAGAGUCCUCAGGGAUACCCCGAUAAAGGCGUGUAUGUGACGUAUAUCCACGACAGCAGUCCAGCUUCCCGGUGUGGUCUACAGCUCCAUGAUAAACUUUUACAGGUGAAUGGCAAGGACUUCACAGUCGUCACACACAAGGAAGCCGUGGAGUGUAUUCGCAAGAAAGCCUUUCUCAAAAUGCUUGUGUACCGAAAAGGAGUCCCACCCCUACAGAAGUCCCCAGGACAUGUACAGCCUCAGUUCCAUGCCUAUCAACAACAACAGCAACAACAACAACAGCAGCCACCACAGUUCCAAGGACAACCACAGUAUCAGUACUAGCUGUAGCCAUGGUAACAGGGGAGAUAAUCAGACUUCAUCCAACCAUCGAAGAUGGCAUGUCCAUGCAUUUGUCUUAAUAUUACCUGUGUCACCAGUCCUUUCACUCUCUAACAUGUCCAUGACAUAAAACCAUGAAAUCUGAAUUUCAGUUUCUUACUUUGGGACUAUUUUUUAACAGGACUGCACAAGAGAAAUGUUUUUUCUUCCAUUGUAUGCAUCAGUGUGUAUAAAACUGAUAUUCCCUCUCUUGAUUUGGCAUGGCAUGUUUUAUAUGUGUUUACAAGUGGGAUCCAUUCUUCUUACUGCUACUGUUUUGUAGUAUUGGUCUGAAAUGCUGAACACUGGAUAUCGCGGUGGAGACUAUUUUCCUAAUCCACCAAAUUCCACAUAUUUCAAUCUCAUUAAAAUCAGAUCUAAAUUCUCGCUGCCGCUAAACAAAGAUCUGAGGACAUCCCAUUACAGGUCACGUCAGAACGACUUUUCGCGAACUCUGACCGACCACUGAAACGAAUAACAAGAAGUCGAUAUCAGCCAAUGAAAAAGCAGCUUUACGGCACAAGUUUCAACCUGGCGACUUCCAUUUCAGACUACGUGUGAAAAAUAUGUUGACACAGUUCUCGAUUAAAAUUUUGAAAACUGAACACUCUGGAAUGUCUAAUAUAUCAGAUAUAUGGUUGAGAUUGUA